CAGAGUAUUACAAAUUUCGAGAUGCCAUGUCCGUCAAGAUAACCUUCGAAGGGAAGGAGGACACACUUCACCUCAUCAACCGUUACACUCAUAUUGAAGUGUACUUUACUGGUCCUACCCAGCACUGUCCAUUAGUACGUAAGCUACUCACAACAGCUAUUGAUAAUAGCAGUGAUGCCAUGCACCUCAAGCAUAAUUACGUCAAUGCAUUUGCCUGCCCUUACAAUGAGAGCUGCUAUUGUAUCGUAAAUGAAGAUCACCAUAAAGUAGCUGACUGUACAGUUUGUGGUGAAUCUCCUGCUCUUAACAAUGACUACUGGACCUGGUUUAAUGAUGCACAAGGACCUGAUGAGAGUAACAAUGGAACACAAUCAAAACAAGAUAAUGAUCAGUUAUCAGAUGAAAACAUGCUAGACAAGAAGCCACUAAUGAGUGAUCUCCAGUGGUUAUUUGAUAGUUCUGCUGCUGAUUACAUGAUCAUUGGUUCUGCACUUGAUGUUAAAGUGAAUGACCUGUUACCUACUCCAGGAGCUGCUGCCAAUAACCUGGUACUGAUGUUCCAGAGAUGGAUAGACUCCAAUAAAGGAGUGACCUGGAGGAAAGUACUUCAAGUUUGUGAUGAUUAUCCUGAUAAGUUUGGAGAAGUAAAAACUUGCAUGGACAAAUUUCUUAAAUCAGAUAGAGCUCGUGAAAAGUAUCAAGAUUAAUAAUAAUAUUGACUUUUAUCAUUAUAAAUUUAUAUUUAUAAUAGUGGAGUAUAGUUUUGCUCAGUUUUUGACAUGCACAUACACUGCAGAACUAGUCCUUUUUCGGGACACUCCGCUAAUCCAUUUCGCAUUGAUAUUUAUUUUGUUUAUUGUUUGUAACAAGAUUUGUGGAGAUUGUUUAAUUUCUCACAUUUUUGUGGUAGGAAGCCACACACAUUAAUAACCUUUUAAAUAAUAAUGCAUGAAUGAGAUGCUUCAUAGCGUUUCUUUAAUCUUCUCAGUGACUGCGCCACCUGUAUCUUGAAGUCUGUUCUCAAUGGCCAGCGGGAGGGAUCGUAAUGAACCAGACUAUCUACCUGCUACACCAGCAGAAGGUCUUAAACCAAUGCCUGUUACUCCAGAGGUCAUUGCCAUUGCUGGGAAGAUGAAGAAAGACGCGGAAAAGAAGCUCAAGAAAAGCUUCAGCACCUACACUCCACUGUACUAUAUCAAGAACGGAGAGACGGACUACUGCAUUAGAGUUGAGGUUGGUGUGAAUGAGAUGAUUGAUGUCUCUGGGAAGUAUGUUGCUGGUAAUGCUAUGAGAGUUAAAGCCAAGGCCGUCACCAAAGAUAUUCCAAUGACAAUUUAACUUUAUUAUUAUAAUUUAGAUCCAUACCAAGUACUAAUAGCUCCUUCAUUUUAUUUUUGUGCUUUUUUAACUAUUAUUAUUAUUAUGGACAAUUGUAGUUACAACUAUCAUUAAUUCUAUUAUGAGAAUAAUAAACUGCUGCCAUAAA